CUUUUUUUAGAUUGCAAUGUUUUACCUGUCUGUAUUUCUGUUCUAGUCUCUGACUUAUUCGGCAUGAGCCUUCCCUAAUGGCAGCCUUUGGCUGGUCAGUCGGCGAUUUGGUUUCUGCCAUCUCUGUCGUUGCGAAGGUAUCAAAGGCACUGAAAGAUGCCGGCGGGGCAGUUGAUGAUUAUCACGAGACUAUUUUAUUUCUGGAAAGUCUAAAGAUAACUUUAACUACGCUUCAUGGCCUCUAUGAAGCAAACGUUGAUCCAAAUGUUCUGUCAGGUCUACAGUCACAGCUUGAACUUGUACAAAAGCCCAUCGACACAUUCACGAAAAAGAUAAAGCGCGAGCUUGGAUCAGCUCUCGAUGGCACGAAAAAAGACAAAGGAGUUCGCACAAAGCUGAAAAGAACUGCGGGCCAGCUAGAAUGGGCAUUUUCGCUGCAUGAACAGUCCCAGGAGCUCAACAGAAAGAUUUUGGUUCCACUCAGUGGAAUCCAGAUUCAACUUGGCAUUCACAUUCAGUCCGUUUCUUUCCCAUUUCGCGAAGUAUAUCUUUGUCUAAUCGUGUUGUAGCUCCGUGCUUUUGACCGUUACCAAUGACAUUUCCGCUAAAGUCGAACAAAGGAUCAACGAUGCUUUGCCAGUGUUGCUUCAACGAUCCUUAGCUUCAAUCACUGCUCUAGAGUAUCGCCGUCAUGCAGAUCAACGCGAUACAAAUAGAGCGAUAUACCGAAAAAUCGAAUCAUUGUCCCAGAUUCUGACUGAUAGCGUAAAGCAAUCACUAAAUAAGAGUCAACAAAAAGACAAGCUACAGUCGCAAACCUUAGAAGAUCUCAGCUCAUUGAUUGUUAAAGCAAUUGACAGGAUCGAUGAGAGAUUGCAAGAUAGCGUUCACAAUCCCGCCAAAAUGUCUGCAAGUACAUAUCCGUUCUCACAUGAGCCGCAAAUCUGCUCAUCGCCUUUUAUACCCAGUGAAACGAUAUGUCGAGCAAGACCUAAAUCUAGUGAGAUUCACGUGAAUGAUGGCAGUUCACUGGAACUUGCAGAGUCACUUCACAAAGGCAUGAUUCAGAAAAAUACCGGUAUUAGCAUCGCUAACGUCGUUGGAUCGAAUUAUGUCAAGCAGCAAAGCAUAGACCAAUCAUUGGUUGCACCUAAGCAAGCUUGGGUAGAAGCUACAAUGCAUUUUAGGCAAUUGUUUGUGAUCCGAUCCUCAGAAUGUUAUCAGUUCCGCUAACAGAGUGAAGCGUUUCCUUGCUAGUUCAAGCAUUCCGAGAAUAUUUUAUUGGAUUAUGGUAUGGAGCAACACCAUUUGAAUUAUUUUAGCUUAAUAUAAGUAGGCCUAUGUUCGCAUGCUUGCUAUAUCAGGCGAAGCUUAUGCAGAGAUGUAUAUCUCAGCUACCGAGUCUACUCUCUAAAGAGAACAUAACUUUCGUGGAUGCCCUUGGAAGAUCACGACGAAUUCCGUAUGUGACUUACGGCCACUGGGAGGUAAUAUUACUGUUGGUCUUUAGAAUAUAGCUUGGCUAAAACUUUUCAAUUGUUAGACAUUCAACAACUUUGUUUUGGCAGAUUUCCGGAAGAUACCUGGAGAAAGCCAUGUUCAAAAAAGUCGAUACCAACUUAUAGCUUCAGAUGGCUUCACUACCCUUGACCAAUUUAAUUGGAAGAGAUUUGUAGUCCCCAAUGCCGACAUUUCAAUGGUUGUCCAUCUAAGCCUUUCCGUGUCUGAUCCCAAGUGUCCGAAAUGUAAAAGCACAUCGAACAUUAAUGUGCAUAGGGGCAUUCGCCAGGGAUUAACUAUUUGGUAACAUAAUUUAUACCCUAUUUUCAACAUCUUCUAACUACAUUUCCCAGUGACAACCCGAAUUGUCAACUAACAUAUCGCUUGGUACCAUACAACGAUGGCCAAUCGCCCCAAACAAGGCUUAGCAGCAAACACUUGGACACUUCUUCUGAAGUCCACGCAUGGCUCGAAGUAGCUAAUUCUUUGAAAAGGGUCGAAUAUGCAAACAUGAGAGAGAAAGUAAAUGCCAUUGCUUUGACUGAUGCAAGCAACAACCCUCAAUUCCAAUCCAACGGACCUGAGCCCUACAGGCACCUAUUAGGAGUGAAGCGCAUAAAAGACCAACAAUCUUACAUUGGGGAUGAGAUUCGCGCGCACACUGGAGCAUUGAAGGAGCGUAAACAGGAAACUACUGAGUUUGAGCUGUAUUUCAAAAGUGUGCAAUGCAGCAUAUUUCCUCAGAAAUGCGAGCUCUGCGGAUUCUCUGAUUUCAAAUACCCGAGCGAAGUGCCAGAGCAUAUGCUUCAAGCACACACCUGCAUCUACACAUGUCUCUUCGAUUUUGCUGGCUGCAAAUAUGCGUUUGCUCGCAAAGAUCAAUGGGAAUGCCAUGUCAAAUCAGAACACCUGAACUGGUUAUGCGACAUAGAUCAAUGUCCAAAUGAGAGAUUACAUCCAGUCAAUCACUACAAGAAAAAUUGGUAUGCCAAAAGCAAGCCAAGACACGCUCUAGCACUUAAAAAACGGGCUGAUAGCGCGAAUGCUAUUUUACGAGCUUCUUUGGGAAAGAAAAAAAGUCUAGCAUCGAAGUUAAACUGCCCAAUAAAGGAGUGUGGGAGGGCUUUUGGUGGUGACACGUGUUGGGACGACAGGAUGGAACACAUUGGAGAGCAUAUAAUUGAUAACACGAUCGCAGUAGCUGGAUAUUUGUGUUCGCAACCAUUCUUGGAUAACACUAUCGAUGAACUAUUCGUUGAAUGGGCUUUAAGUGAGCACAUUGUGGAAAAGGUUAGGCGAAAUUUCCGAUUAGUGACUCCAGAGUAAAUAGCGUGUGGUUUUCAUUUAUAGAGGGCAUUUAUGAUGUCUGAUUCCAAAUAAGCGCAAUGGAAGUGUCGCGAUAGAAAUAUGAGUUGCAUGCUUAUCUAAUUGGCACCUUCGAAUUACUGUAGCAGCUUGUCAACUGCUUUUACCUACAAGAUUUCGAGAGUUGGGCUCGUCGUGAGCUAGCUAUAUGUAGAGCUUAGAUGACAUGAGGUUAAUGGACGAAAAAUGACAUUUUAUGGGGCGGUGAGCGAUCGCACCCGACAUUAGCGGUUCAUCUGAACAUAUCCCUCUCCUUCACAAAAUACGGAUCAUACAUAUUGGCUCUUUUAACC